UUUGAGGAGCAGCCUCCUCCUCCAUUUUCUCCCUCCUCCAACAAUGACAAUGUGCCACUUUUGGGCGCGAGUGAACUGAAGAGACUCUCACCUACCUGCUUUUCAUUUGUUCCACAGCUUCACCUAACCAUUAUCAUAUACUCCUAUUGCUGCUGUAUAGCGCGUUUUCCCAUACAAAUUACUUCCUAAUAAAUAGCAAUGAUUGUGUUCACUUCAACGAUUCCUUAGAUAUUUUUUACACUCAGGUGUUUGAAUUUUGCAGAAACUGCUCUCUCUCUCUCUCUGCAUUUGAGAGCUUUUAAAAUGGCAGUGCUUAAGUUCCCAGGUGCAGUAACGUGCGGAACAAUUAAUGGUGGAGAAUGUGCAAGAAGAACCUUCCAGAAACCUUUUUUAGUUAACACUUGUUUUCUUGGGUCAAGAUUUGCGAAGAAAUCUAAAUUGGACAAUAUUAUUAAGAAUUGUGGGUUAUCCAGUGAUGACCAAGCUUUCGAUUAUUCUUCUCAUCGUGAAGACAAAUUUGGCUCAACCAGAGAUCGACUCUUAAAUGAAGGAGCUAUUGCAUUGUCAGGGACAUCGAUUGAUCAAUCGCCAAUUCAGGAUGUACAAACCGAGCUUAUAGUGCUUUCUUUGCCUGCUAUUGCUGGACAAGCGAUUGAACCGUUGGCACAACUAAUGGAGACAGCUUAUAUUGGACGAAUGGGUGCAUUGGAGUUAGCAUCAGCUGGCAUUUCUGUAUCCAUCUUUAACAUAAUAUCAAAGGUGUUCAACAUCCCUCUCCUGAGUGUGGCAACGUCGUUUGUGGCUGAAGACAUCUCUAAGUAUGCAGAUGAGGAUUCCGCUGCCGCUGAAAGAAAGGCACUUCCGUCUGUCUCCACUGCCUUAGUUUUAUCUGCUGGGAUUGGUUUGAUAGAAGCUGCAGCAAUGUAUCUCGGUUCUGGACCAUUUCUCAGCAUCAUGGGUAUAUCAAUGGAUUCAACCAUGCGCAUUCCAGCGGAGCAUUUUCUUAAACUUAGAGCGCUUGGUGCUCCAGCUGUUGUGCUUUAUCUGGCUGUGCAAGGCAUCUUCCGUGGUUUUAAGGACACAAGGACCCCUGUAAUGUGCUUAGGAUUGGGGAAUCUGUCAGCUGUACUUUUCUUGCCCAUCUUCAUGUAUACUUUUCAACUGGGCAUCACUGGUGCCGCCAUAUCUACUGUUGCAUCUCAAUAUAUUGUGGCCAUUUUGAUGUUAUGGAAGCUUAAUAAAAAGACUGUAUUGCUGCUGCCAAACGUUAGGAACUUGCAUUUUGGUGGCUAUUUAAAAUCGGGUGGUUUCCUUCUUGGGAGAACUCUAGCUGCUGUUCUGACAGUAACUUUGAGCACAUCAAUGGCAGCUCGAUUAGGAGCAAUACCCAUGGCUGCCCAUCAGAUAUGCUUGCAAGUAUGGUUGUCUGCCUCGCUACUGGCAGAUGCCCAAGCUGCAUCUGGUCAGGCUCUCAUUGCAAGUGCUUUUGCAAGGAAGGACUAUGGCAGAGUUAAGUUGAUCACACAUGUAGCUUUAAAGACAGGAUUAGCUACUGGAAUUUUGUUAGCCAUUAUAUUGGGUCUAUCCUUUCCGUCUUUCGCAAAGUGCUUUACAAACGACUCUCAAGUGCUAGACAUUGUUAGAUCUGGUUUACUGUUUGUUAGUGCCAGUCAACCCCUUAAUGCUCUAGCCUAUAUUUUUGAUGGGCUGCACUAUGGUGUUUCGGAUUUCCCAUAUGCAGCUAUGUCAAUGAUGAUCGUGGGUGCCCUCGCUUCAAUAUUUCUGAUUUAUGCUCCUCCUAUUAUUGGUCUUCCUGGUGUUUGGUCUGGUUUGACUAUUUUCAUGGGAUUGCGCUUGGUGGCUGGUUUCAUGAGAUUAUCAGCGAAAAAUGGUCCCUGGUGGUUCUUACAGGACUCACAAGAAAAUGAGGUUGCAACAUCAUAGGACUGCUUUGAGAUUAGAGCUACAUGCAUAUCAAAUGAAGUGAGCUUAGGGCAAUGGAGCUACAAUUGCAUAACUGACCAAAAAAGGUUGAUUAAAUACAUAAAUCAUCUAUUACCCUGUAAAUUUCAUUUGACGAAUAAAUAAAGAAAAAUCUUUGUUUAUUUCUACUAUGUGUAAACCAAAUUGAGCAAAAGACUUGAAGUUUAAAGAAAAAGAUCUGGAACAGAAAAUAGAAAUAGAACAAAAUUCAUGAGUGGAUAAUCCCAUGUUCGACCUGAAUACCUAGCGCCUAGCCAAACCAUACUUCAAUACAAUGCUAUAUUUUAUUUUAUUUUUGGGAUUUA